AUGGGACGCAGGGCCGCUGUGGUAGUGAGGACUGAUCCAGCUCUGUUGAACGAUACGUCCUCGAAUAAUUCCGCUCCUGCUAGACGCACGUCCGCGAGACUGGCCUUGUCUCGAGCCAAUGCCGACGCAAAUAAUGCCCAGGCUACUGGCCGAAACCGCAGUCGGCAGUCGCUCCAGGUUGCUGUCCCGGUGAAGAAUCUAUCGGCCUCUCAUACCUCUUCGUCACGUUCGUCAGUCGAGAAUGGUUCACGCAGUACUCCGGCAACCAGUGUCGCUAUCACGCCCGUUGAAUCUGAUGGGAAUAGGCCGAAUAAGAGAGUCAGUGCUUCCGCUCGUGUCGCGGAGCUGCGUUCUAGCACAAUGUCUCUUGGUACUCAAAGAGGGCGAAAGAGAGCUCCGUUGAACUUCACCAAAGAAGACAUCGAUGAAGCUCUGGCUCGUGCCUUGCAAGCUGAGGAAUACAGGGCGAUCAACCCGAAACGACAGAAGAUUUCUCCUGGUGAAGAUAUGAGUGACGAGGAUGAUAUUACAGAGUAUGGGGCUUCGGGGUUUGAGAGCCUUGAUUCGGAGUACGAAAAAGUGCGGUCGCGUGAUAAGAAUGGCAAGACGACUUAUAGCGGCCCGCGAAUUGUUCUCGGGCCUGAUUCUGAGGAUGACAUGCUUGAUAGCGACGAUGAAUCGAUGUUCAUGGAGGAAGAGGCAACGCCGCCUCCGCCUGCGAGGAAACUUAACGCAAGAAACCCACGGUCUCGCAAAGGGACACGGGUUUCAACGAUCGGCAAGCCAUUCUGGAUGAGUAACCGUGCAUGGAGGGAACGGAAGAAGCUCGAAGGCCAGCACCCGUCUAUUAAGACAAUGUGGGAUGAAUUGAAGAAGACACCUCCGAUCACACCAGUGCCUGCCAAACAGCCUCCUGGUAUAUCUAGAACAUUGAAGUCGUUCCAGCUUGAGGGUUUGAACUGGAUGAUGCAGCAAGAAAAGUCUGAAUAUAAGGGAGGUCUGUUGGGUGAUGAGAUGGGCAUGGGGAAGACAAUACAGGCAGUCUCCCUGCUGAUGUCGGACUACCCAGUUGGAAAGCCGUCUCUUGUUGUCGUUCCUCCUGUGGCUCUUAUGCAGUGGCAGUCCGAGAUUCAGGAAUACACCAGCGGCCAACUAAAGGUUCUUGUCUACCACAACUCGAACUCCAAGAUAAAGUCUUUGAAAAAGAAGGACCUCAUGAAAUACGACGUUAUUAUGAUAUCUUAUUCUGGACUUGAGUCGAUUCAUCGGAAGGAAUUGAAAGGAUGGGCUCGCGCUGAUGGGAUUGUUAAAGAAGAUAGCGUUAUCCAUUCCAUCGAAUACCACCGUCUCAUCCUUGACGAAGCGCAUAGUAUCAAACAACGUACGACCAGUGUCGCUCGUGCUUGCUUCGCGUUGAAAGCCGCCUACAAGUGGUGCCUUUCAGGGACGCCGGUGCAGAAUCGGAUUGGGGAAUUCUUCUCGCUUUUGCGUUUCCUCGAAGUCCAGCCAUUUGCGUGUUACUUCUGUAAAGCGUGUGACUGCCGGUCUCUGCAUUGGUCUCAGGAUCGUGACAAAAAGUGUACCUCUUGCACCCACAGAGGAUUUGAUCAUGUCUCGGUUUUUAAUCAGGAGAUUCUUAACCCAAUCACCGAAAGGAACAGCAACGAUGCUCGAAAGGAGGCUUUGGACAAGCUUCGCCUGAUUACAGACAGAAUUAUGCUUAGGCGUGUGAAGAGAGAUCACACGGCGGCAAUGGAGCUUCCACCCAAACGUGUCAUCUUGCAUAACGAGUUCUUCGGCGAGAUUGAGCGUGACUUCUCCCAGAGCAUCAUGACCAACUCAACUCGACGGUUCGAUACUUAUGUUAGCCAAGGUGUCAUGUUGAACAACUACGCCAACAUCUUUGGUCUGAUCAUGCAAAUGCGUCAGGUUGCUAAUCAUCCAGACCUCAUCUUGAAGAAGCAUGCGCAGACUGGACAGAAUGUUCUCGUAUGUUGUAUCUGUGACGAGCCAGCCGAGGAAGCCAUUCGGUCUCGCUGUCGCCACGACUUCUGUCGUCGAUGUGCAAAGGAUUACAUCAAGUCGUUCGAUUCCGAUACUAUCGUUGACUGCCCCCGUUGCCAUAUCCCCCUCUCGAUUGACUUUGAGCAGCCGGAUAUCGAGCAGGAGGAGGAACAUGUCAAGAAGAACUCGAUUGUUAACCGGAUUCGCAUGGAAGACUGGACCUCCUCGACCAAGAUUGAAAUUCUUGUCUAUGAGCUUUACAAACUGAGGAGCAAGAAACAGACACAGAAGUCUAUUGUGUUCUCCCAGUUUACCUCUAUGCUGCAACUGGUGGAGUGGCGUUUGCGUCGGGCUGGCUUCAAUACCGUCAUGCUGGACGGUAGUAUGACACCAGCUCAGCGACAGAGUUCUAUUGACUACUUUAUGAAGAACGUCGAUGUUGAGGUGUUCCUGGUCUCCUUGAAAGCCGGUGGAGUUGCGCUGAACUUGACUGAGGCAUCUAGGGUGUUCAUCGUUGAUCCAUGGUGGAACCCUGCAGCUGAAUGGCAGAGUGCUGAUCGAUGCCACCGCAUUGGUCAACGACGUCCCUGUGUCAUCACUCGGUUGUGCAUUGAAGAUUCUGUGGAGUCUCGGAUCGUCCUGCUCCAAGAAAAGAAGGCUAAUUUGAUCAACGGAACGAUCAAUAAGGACCAGGGUGAUGCCCUGGAGAAGUUGACACCUGAGGACAUGCAGUUCCUCUUCCGGGGAUCUUGA